AUGACGGAGCGACUUCGAGUCCCGAGCGACUUCGAGUCCGCGAUGGGCAACUGCAUGCCCGACCGCGGGCGAAAACGCACGAAAAACCCCCCGGGCUCCGUGCUCGACCGCGUCAUCUCCCAGGCGAGCAGCCAAGACGACUGCCUGCUCUACAAACUGGCCAAUUAUAAGGGGGCGGGGGAGCUGGUGGAUGCGUACUCCAUCGGUGGGAGCAAGGAGGUGGAGAAUCUCAUCGAGGAACAGUUCGGGAUCUUUCUCUACGAGCAAGGUCAGGGGACGGUGAUCGACAAGCAGGAAUACCUCAAAUGGUGCAACCGGACCGGCUCCGCUCAGUGUCUGGACGGAGUGACCUUGACCCUGGAGGACGACCGCGACGACUGGGAGGACCACGAAGCCUGUUGGAAGAUGGAGUACCGCGGGAGCCUGGGGGAGUCGCUGCUGCACGUCCUCAUCAUGUGCAACACUCGCGUCCACACGCGGCUCGCGCGGCUGCUGCUCAAGGUCUUCCCGAAACUCUCCGUCGACGUCGUCGAGGGAGACGAAUAUCUCGGUGCUAGUGCGUUGCAUUUGGCCAUCGCGUACAACAAUCACGAUCUGGCAACCCUGCUGGUCGAAUGCGGCGCCAAAGUGAAUCAGCGUGCCAUCGGGAGUUUCUUCCUGCCUUACGACCAACAAAGGGACAAGAAACGACGGAAGCCCGACGCAUCGAACUACGAGGGGCUGGCCUACUUCGGGGAGUAUCCGCUCGUCUGGGCCGCCUGCUGCUUCAACGAGGCGCUUUACAAUUACCUCUUGGACCGGGGCGGAGAUCCGAAUUUGCAGGAUUCCCUCGGCAACAUGACUCUGCAUAUCCUGGUCGUCAAUGACAAACUCGUACGCAUUUCUUUAAUCACCUUCGAACCAUCCGACGAGAAAAAUAUUUAAAA